CAUCGUGAGCUCGCUGAUUCGCUGACCGCAGUCUUCGUGAUCUGCUGGAGUAUUUUGAUUUCGGUGAGGCGUAGAAUCCAAGUGUUUUGCGUUCUGCAGGUGAGAUUUUCCGCGAUGGCUGAAAACAGCAGCCAGUUCUCCGCUGGAGACACCUUCGACAUGAGCGAAAUAAGCAGCAUAGAUGAGCUGCUCAAAGACUACGAUUCAGAGAUCCUUAACAACAGCCUGCUGUUCGCCAACGAUGGACUGCUCACGCAAAUCGAUGAUGGACUGCUCACACAAAUCGAUGAUCAAUUGUCAAUGGACACAUUCCCAUUGGAUUUAGAUGGAAUGCAGAACAAUCCCUUUAUGGACUCGAGUAGUCUCUCACCAAAUUCCCUGUACACCACUCCGCAGGUGUCUCCAGAGUUUGUUCAGGCUUCUCCGACGCAUCAGCAGACAUACAGUCCUGUAAAGCAGGACGUGCCGCAGAAGAUGCAGCAGACUUUUCCUGUGAAAUUGGAGCAGAUAGUGCAUCCUCCGCAACCUGCAACUGUAAUAAUUUCAUCACCAAACAUAAUUCAGCAGACCACAGAGCAGAUGGUUUACUCACAGAUACCAAGGAGCCAACAUUUAAUAGUGCAAACUAGCAAGCCGAAGAUGAACACCCAACCGUUGUUGGUGCAGAACAUAGGCCAAUUGGACAAAAUUCAACCUGUCAUUGUUCAAACUAAAUUAAUUAAAACUGAGCCUCAGAAUAUUCAGCCAGCCACUGUUAUGUACACGACGACUCCAGUGACCACAUCGAACACUCAAGUGCACACAUUGAUAAACACAAAUGGUCAACUUUUUACUACAGGAAUACCUUUGGUUUUGGAUCAGGAGAAGGUGGCUAUCAACAGGAUACAGACCACUGGAAAAGAGCCUAAAGUGAAAGAGGUGAAGAGGAGCGCUCAUAACGCGAUCGAGCGUAAAUACAGGACGAGCAUCAACGAUAAAAUCGUGGAGCUGAAGAAUAUCAUUGUGGGAGUUGACGCCAAGCUGAAUAAAUCGGCGAUUUUAAGGAAGACCAUCGAUUAUAUCAGAUUCCUACAGAACAGCAAUACUAAAUUGAAGCAGGAGAAUAUGGCUUUGAAGAUGGCUGCGCACACGAACACGUUGAAGGACCUUUUGGUAACAGGAUGUGCGACUGAAGAUAUCCACAUGACGAGUUUCGUCACGCAGAACACUCCACCACCUUCGGACGUAUCUUCUCUUUCGCCUACGCAUUCUGUUCCUUCCAGUCCGGAGUAUUCUGGACAGCAGUUCAAGGAGGAUAGCGAAGACGAACCUAUGGGAAUUACAAGAGGAAUGUUGGAUCACUCGAGGAUCGCGCUUUGCAUGUUCAUGUUGGCAGUGGUCUCUUUCAAUCCAUUUGGAAUAGCUUUGAAUACAAUCUCUGGUAGCGACCAUGACUUUUCAACAAGGAAAAUCUUGCAAUAUGGAGAGAGCGGUUCUUUAGCAUGGGGAAGCUCGGUUCUACUACUCUGGCUCAUAAACCUUUUGGUACUUGGCUUCUGCUUUGUCAAGAUGUUCGUGUACGGAGAUCCCAUAGUUCCAUCCAAGUCCAAAGAGGCUCAGAUCUUCUGGAGACAUAAAAGACAAGCCGAUUCAUACAUGUGCGAAGGCGACAACGUCAGAGCCAAGCAGGAGCUGAAGAGGUGUUUGCAGACGUUCGGGUUAUCUCUACCGACGAGCCGUUUCGAAAUGUUCACCUCGUUCACCUGGCAAAUGGUCAGACAGAUCUUCCACAGACUCUGGAUAGGACGUUGGUUGUCCAGGCAUACCGGCGGCUUCAUGGCUGACGGACUGACGAAACACGAAGCCUUGACAUCUUGCCGCGAAUUGGCAAUGGUUUAUCACAGAUUGAACCAGAUCCACUUGGUCGAGGGUCGCUCCGAUACCAGCCAUCUGACCGGCCUAGUUUUGGCCUUGAACUCUGUGAAUUUGGCGGAAGCUGCUGGAGCAAUGCUGCCGCCCAUUCAGCUGAUUGAAAUCUACGUUUGCGUUGCACUGCGCGUCAAAGCCAGCUGCUACAAUUUCACCCAAGGAAUUCACCGGUGCUACUUAAAUUUGGCAAAGCAAGCGACGACGAACGCCUGCGAUCCCAUCCCGUCGAGAUUGAAGUGGAUCUUCACGUCAUAUGGUCAUAAAUUCUUUACAGCCCAGAAGAUUGUCUCCUUCGAAGAAGAGGAGACGCAUAAAGUGCUCGUUUAUAGCAGCGAGGGGAAUAAAUCUGAUCCGAUUGCGUUCGUAAUCAGGUUAUACAGGGAGCAUCUGAUUGAAAAGGCGUUGCAAAAUGUGGUGGCUCCCGGCACCAAGAACGACGAUGAGAAUCUUAGAAAGUCCACCCACGCUGACGCUUUGAACUACAUUCAAUUACUUUUCGAGAGCGUUGAAACGGACGUUUCUACCAUCUUCAAUUCCACUGUAAUUCACAAAUACGACGAUGAAAUCGCCAAUUGGUGGACCAAUAUCAUAGCUUGCGCAUGUUAUUGGUUGUUGGGUGAGGAGAGCAACGCGGAGAGGCUGUACUCGAAGGUGGAGAAUUUACCGCAGGUUUUGGAAAACUUGAACGAUCCUUUACCGAAGGCCAUCCUCGCUGCUUACAUGGCCAGGAAGGCUUACAUUUCGCGCGAGACCAGCGAUCAACAUGUUCUCAAGCAGUGCGAAUUCGCGAGCCAAUUGAUCGAGGAUAGCCUCACCUUCAACAGCUGCAAAAAGCAAAACAACAAAGUUCUGUUGACGCAGCUGAUGGUGUGCGAUUGGCUUCUGGAGACGCAGACGGCAUUGUGGGAGGAAGGGUUGGAAGCGGAUUCCAACAACGGCCCCGUCUCAAACGCCAUUCUAUCCGCUUUCCAGAAGGAUUUGACGUCCCUGCGGAGUUUAGCCCAGUACAUUCCGUCCGCUCUUCCACGCGUGUUCUUAUACGAGGCUACGUCCAGGUUGAUGGCCGGAGCGGCCCCAGGUCGCACUCAGCAGCUUUUGGAUAGGAGUUUAAGACAUCGAUAUUCAAAAUCAUCUAUAAUCUGCGGAAAAGACAAGAAUCAGCAGGAUUUUGGCGGCGAAAGGCAGCACGCGGCAGCUUUGUACAUGGCCUGCAAACAUCUUCCUGGACAACUGAUUUCCUCUCCUGGCGAAAGGGCCGGAAUGCUCGCCGAGGCUGCGAAGACUUUGGAGAGGAUCGGCGAUAAGAAGCGGUUGCAGGAUUGCUACAAAUUGAUGAAAACCUUGGGUCCUAAUUCGGUUACAAACUAAUGAUUUUAUUUUUCUUUAACUGUAUAAAGUAUUUAUUUUAUACUUUCUUGUAAGUAUUUAAUUUUAUUUUCUUAACGCUUUAAUGAUCUCGUUCCCUAUAUAGAUUGGAUAAUGUCAUGUCUAUAUAGAAAUAUUGAAAAUAUGGACGGGAUUUUAGUCAGUACCUUAUUAGUUAAGUGUAGAAAGAGUAAUAAUAGUUAAGUUUCGUCGAAGACGCAUAUUCUUAAGUUUGUAUUUUAUAAAUUUAUUAUAUAACCAAUCA